UCGGUAACAAUGUGACUGUGGAUUGUCAACAAAGCCAAUACUUCAUAAGUUUUAUUUUUCUACUUUUAUACGAGAUUGACAAAACAAUUCAUCAUCUACAAUCACCAGAAUUUUGGAAACGUCCAUUGUUAUUGUCAAUAGACUUCAAUGAACCGAGGUGCAAAAUGCAGUCCGACAUAAUCUCAAAGCUCAUCCCCCAGAACAAGGAGCAAGUGAGACCAGCCUGUAAAAAGUGUGGUUAUGCCGGACACUUGACAUACCAAUGCAGAAAUUUCAUAAAAGUCGAUCCCAACAAGGAAAUUGUUCUGGACGUCAGUAGCACAAGCUCCGACAGCGAUCAAAAUUACGUGACACCUCUAACCGAAUUACGUGAGACGGAACUGAAGAAAAAAUUGAAAGAAGCUAAGAAGAAGAAGAAGGAGAAGCGGAGCAGGAAGAAGUCAAAGCACAAGAGCCGAAAGCGUGAGCACACAACGAGUGAAUCUGAAGACUCUGACGAAGAGUCGUCGUCUUCGGAUGAUGAAGGGAGAAGCAGGAAGAAGAAGAAGAAGGACAGAAGGAAGAAAUCAAAAAGCAAAAAACGGAGAAAGCACAGGAGACAGACUUCGGAUUCCUCUUCCGAUGAAGAUUAAUUCCAUGAUUUCACACCUACAUGUGAAUUAAUUGUGUCUUCUUUUUUGAAACAGACUGAAUGAAUCUUGUAAAAAUAACAAUGAACAAAUGCACGAACGUAUUCUUACAACUUUGAAUUACCUUUUGGCCAUUUCCAAACAUUUCUUUUACUUCUUUUACGCUUAAAUUUAUCCAGAAGUUAAUAUAUUAAUUUCAGAAGCUGUUAUGAUGAAAACUUCGCCAUCUUUCUCCAAUUUGGAGAUAUUCAUA